AUGAGUGCAGACUAUGACUCCAACUUUGACACCGAGAGUGAGGCCGAAGACCAACGAAACGCUAAACGGAAGGCACAGACAGUGAAGGACUGGUCGACAGAGUCUGCGGACAAACGACAGAAGCCGUCGAAGAAUGUAUUGGUCGAGGAAACGGACAAAACGGAGAGAAUCAUAAGGAAUCGGUUCCAGACAUUGAACGCCUACUCCAGACAUAAGCUGUUAGUGAAUGAGUAUAUCCUCAACCAUUCGGGCAGUACUUGCAAACUGGUCCGCAACACAUCCAAAGACGUGACUGAGUAUGAAGUGCUCAGAGAUAACCACCGAUUCAUUUGGGACGACGUGGACGAGGAGGAGCUCUCAUGGGGUCAACGAUUGGCCAAAAAAUACUACAAUUUAUUGUUCAAAGAGUACUGUAUUUGUGACUUAAGUCGAUAUAAAGACAAUCAGUUUGGGAUGAGAUGGAGGACUGAGAAGGAGGUGAUGGAAGGGAGGGGACAGUUCUCCUGCGGUGGCAAACACUGCGACAAUAGGGAUGGCCUCAAGAGUUGGGAAGUUUUGUUUAAAUACCGAGAAUUGGGUCAACAGAAGAGCGCUUUAGUGAAACUCCGUUUGUGUGCCGACUGUUCACCAAAACUCAAUUAUAGACACAAACGCAGAGAAAUUCAAAGACUUAAGAAAUCACACAAAAAUACUAAAACCGAUCACACCAUCACUAAUGACAGUGAAGUCGCUGUCAGUACAUCCCAUGAACCAGAAGUUAGUUCUUCUGUAAAGAGUGUUUUAGAUGUAAAUCAGACCAGUGGUGCGAAUGAGAUUUGGACUAAACCACAGGUCAUCCCCGAUACUGACCAACCCAUUGAUGAUGAGUUUGACAGAUAUUUAGAUGACUUAUUGUUAUAG